AUGCAUGGUGGUUCUGCCUGUGAUUUGGACGAGAACACACCAUUGGUAUCGAGUGAAGCUAGGACUCGCUGGAGCAAUUCUACAUGUUCUGUUUUCUCCAAAUUUGGUGGCAACAUAGGAAAGCUUUGCGAUGCGGCUCAACAGUAUCUCCGUUCCGUUUUUUGUGUAGGUGGACUGACAAUCUGCGUUCUUGAAGUGAGCAUUGUAAAGGAAUUUCGGUUGAGCCGUUGCUUUCCCAGUUUUUUUCAUCCAAAGCGAUACUGUGACGCUGCUGUUGCCCUGAUGAGAGAAGGUGGUUUGCAUGUCAUUGCGGAUGUGGAUGGUAUCGCAGGAUCAAGCUUGUUGCGCGUCAUUACGGGUGACGCCUUGUGCGCGGCUGGGACUGUUCUCGCCAACGGUGUACCUGUCGAAGCGGGUGUAUUUCGCAAGGCCGUUGGCAUCUUUACUAACGUAGAAGCCUACAUGCCGAACCUGACAGUGGAAGAGAAUAUAAAUUUUGUUGUCUCAAUGCGCACAAGGGUGACUGGAGAAUCGAGGGAGGAGUUGGUGGAGGCCACCUGCGUCCUUACUGAGUUGGAUCGUUACAAGCCUGCAAAAUUACUUUCGCCUUCAGAGGCGUUUCGCCUUCGUCUUGCGAUGGAAAUAGCAAGAGAUCCUCCUAUUAUUGUUGCGUACUACCCCUUUGAUCGUCUAGGAAUUGCUGAUGCCUCGGAGUGUAGCGUCAUUUUGAAAAGGCUAUCAACAGUAUUGGGAAAAACGGUUAUUAUUUCAACUACCACACUUUUUUCUCAACUAUUUGAGGUCACAGAUACCAUAUUGUUGUUUGGACGUGAAGGGUGCGUUCUUUACUCUGGUGAGGCUGCUACCAUGCCCUCGUAUUUCACUGGUCUUCAUGUGUCCUCAAAUCUAUCCUCUACCCAUGAAAGUGACGUGUCAAAAGGCAUGAGUGCGGGUUACAACCUCCCUUUAACUACAUACCGGGCAUCUGAUUCCACUUUAGCAAGAGAGAGCAGUCGUAAUGAGGACUAUGAAAGUCAUAGUGUUCCUUUGUUAUCAUUUUGUUUACAAGAAUCUGGGGCCGCAGCAAGCACAAAUCUUGUUUCGUGUGGGGAUGACGUUUUGGAUCUCGCCGUGCUUUGGGCUGAGUCUGAAACAAUUACAAAGUAUUACUCUUCUAAAUUUUACAACUCGUAUAUGCGCCGUCGUGUGGUUCAGUUUAUCGCGCAUUGUUCUGGCCCGCCACAGAAUUUGGAUGAUGUGGCACCGUUCAUGAGUACAGCACCUCCUCAGUAUGCAGUAUUAAAACCAUUUCUUCUUUGCUGGUAUGAUGCCAUGCAAACCUGGAGAAGUUCUGAAGUUUAUGUUCACCUUGCGUGUCUGUCGCUGGGGUUGUUUUUGAUAUCGUUGUUGAUGAAUCUCCAGAACGAUGACCAAGGAGGUAUGUAUAAUAUUAGAGGUAUUCAGUUUGUUUUGUUUCUUCUCACGAUGCUGACAAACACAACAACCAUGGGCGAUGUGGAUCAUCAACUACGUCUUUUUUUUCAUCAACGCAACAAUGGACUUUAUGGCACAGCUUGCUUUAUGGUAGCUUUUGUUUUCCGUAUUGUCCUUGUUCGGGUUGUGUACUUGACGCUCUUUGUCCCUGUAGUGAUAUAUGUGUUGAAGAUGAGUUCUACAUUUCUUCUUCUUGUCGGUGCUUUAAGUGUUACUCAGGCGCUUCUAAUCGUAACUGUGCAUGCGUUUGUGCCUCAUAACCGCUGGGCAGUGAUUAUACUUUGGUUAUAUCUGGGCUACUGUGUCAUUUUUUGUGGAUUUUUGCUGAAUUUGAAGGCGAUGCCAUUGAUCGUUGGGAAGAUGAGUAUACUUCGUUGGAGUUACGGGGCCGCAUUGGCGCAGAGUUUGCAGGACAUGCCUUUUAGUUGUGAUGGUGCAGGAAACACGUCUUAUUGCUACAGUGGCAACACGUAUCUGGAUAUUGAGGGAUUUUUGGGAGAAUCCACACAACGAUCUUUAUUGGUGUUUGGUGGAGUUUGUGGCGUGUUAAUAAUACUCACUGGGAUCAAUUUGGCGUGCAGAGGGUAG